AUGUGGGUUGCCAACUAUGACAGACUCCCAACGAGAGAAAGGCUUGCGGCUUGGGGAAUGCCUGUCCCGAUCACUUGUACUUUCUGCUCCAGAGAUACUGAAACAAGAGAUCAUCUGCUGUUAUCAUGCGAGUAUAGCAUGGAGGUGUGGAGAGAGGUGUUCUUCAGAUGCCAACCACCCUCUACAUCGAUCACCAACUGGGCGGAGCUGCUCUCCUGGAUCCGAGACGCGAGGAACAUGGACAUGAAGCUGCUGCGGAAAAUAGCUUCACAAGCAUCAGUGUUUCACCUCUGGAAACAGAGGAACAAUCUGCUUCAUAACCAAAUAUCUAUCCAUGCGGCUUCAGUGUUCUCUGAAAUUGAUAGGGAAGUAAGAAACAUAAUCUUCGCCAAGAGGGAGCGUAAACACUUCAGCUCUCUCAUGUCUCUUUAG